AUUCCUUCAAGCUUUGAGAAGAGAAAAAGAGAAAUUUCUUGAUCAUCCACAAUGGGAAUAAAGACAUGCUCUUUUCAGUGCAAAGAAUCUGCAAAGUGUGAGCUUAUGGGAUUUGAUUCUCUCCCAACUUUCCUCAAAGACAAUGAGUUCAUCUUGAACUACUACCGUUCUGAAUGGCCAUGGAAGCAAACCAUUCUCAGCAUCUUCUCAAUUCACAAUGAAACCCUCAACAUCUGGACGCAUUUGAUAGGAUUCAUCAUCUUCCUCACUCUCACCUUAUGCACAAUGCAUGCCUUUGCUCCAUUAACCUUCAGUCAGAGCUCAUCAGAUAAAGUUAUGAUCUUGAAUACUACUUCUGCCACAGUAUUCAGAGCUCAAGUUCCAGCCUACCAAACCAACAUCAUUAAUCUCCUGAGUAUUAUGAAAGAUGAUGAUGUGCUUGAGAGUAUGAUUACACGUUGGCCAUUCUAUGCAUACUUGUUUGGAGCCAUGUUUUGCUUGUUAACAAGCAGUGUGUGCCACCUUCUAUCAUGCCACUCAGAGCACUGUGCAAACACCAUGCUCAGACUAGACUACACUGGAAUCUCAACCUUAAUUGUCACCUCUUUCUACCCUCUAGUUUACUAUACCUUCAUGUGUGACCCCUUUGUUUGAAACCUCUACAUUGGCUUCAUUACCAUCUUUGGUGUUGCGGCUAUUUUGGCUUCGCUUGUGCCGGUGUUUCAAACGCCAGAGUUUAGGUCUGUACUGUUGGCAGUGAUUGAAGCCCAUGUCAAAGAUGUAUCUGCAGUAGCAUGGUUGUCCUAUUAAGAAGUGGUAUGUUAGUAUAGCUAGUAUGGCAGUAUGAGAGUGGGCAGCAUGUUUGUGUUUUUUUGAAGUUUGUAAAAGCAGAUAUUAUGUAUGUUUGAAUGCUGUUUGUCUAGUAGUGCAUUUAGUGCACUUAAUUAUUGUACUGAAUAUGUGUGAUGUAACGGCACUAAGUAUGAAAAAAAUAAAAUGAGGAUGAAGAGACGGAGAGGAGGU